UAGAACUAAUGUAUGCAGCGCAGGGAUAAUUCUGGGAAGACCAGGAAACGGUUUUGCGUAACGAUAUGUAGACCCACAUCAAUUGUUGUCAAGAUUCAUAUGUAGACCCACAUCAAUUGUUGCCAUGUGCCUAGAGCGACCAGGAGUAUGCAAUAUUCAUAUUUACUCUACAUAGUUUACUGUGGUUCGUUAGAGUAAUACAAAAGUGUUUAAUGUAAGGGAAGGGCAGAGGUAACCCAGACAGCGGUGACCAGGCCUUGUCUGGCAGCGCUCCGGAACUAAUUCUGGGUCAACAAAGAAUUAACGAGAAGGAAAAUUCUUGUAAUGGCGUCCGAAGUGGAAAGAAUGUAAGAGUUACAUGUAAGCAGGCAGAAUCUCUCUUGAAUACGGUGGAAAUCGUGGUGAAUACAUUUUGUAUGUGAUCAGUAUCCUGAACAUUGAACAAAAAGCUGUUUCUCAGUGUGCCAAAAUGUCUGACUCGCUGAUACUGAGAGCCGAGUUUUCGAUUGAAAAGAUGUUGGGAGCAGGGGCCUUUGGUGAGGUCCACCUUGGGCGAGAGCUACAAACUAACAACCUGCGUGCUCUGAAGAUCCUGCCCCUGACAGGAAGUGCCAUAGAUGAAAUUAAAGCCCUUUGUAGGCUUUCUGCAGAACAUGACAACAUCAUCAUUUAUGAUCGAGCCAUCAAAGUCGAUGAUGGUAAGGUUUGUCUGGUCAUGGAGUAUUGCUGUGGGGGUGAUCUCAAUGACUUCUUGUUGUCACACACACGGGAGCCUCAGCGAGACCUACGAUUCAUGAGGCAGAUUGCCUCAGCUGUGGCUUUCCUUCAUGCCAACGGCAUCAUACAUCGCGACCUGAAACCAGACAACAUUCUACUCACAGCAGAUGGUACCCUGAAAGUUGGUGAUUUCGGCCUCGCUAAAUUAGCCUCAGACUCCAAACAAGGGGGCAGUCUUCAAAACUACUACAUGAAGUCUUUCCGUGGCCACCGAUUUUUCGUGGCCCCAGAAGUUCUAGAUAAACGCUAUACCGAGAAGUCUGAUGUAUUUCUAAUGGGAGAAAUAUUUGUCUGCAUGCUAAAACGCAAGGUUCUACUUCUACCACCAUCUAACAGUUCAGUAUUCGUGCCCUCUUACAUUGGAGACCCGGACUUAUUUUCAAGUUUGAAAGGUAUCGGAGAAGCUAUUCAUCAUGGGGAAGUGGACCGAUGUGAACUUUCUGAUGAGUCAACCAUUGAAAUAAGCCCGAAGCUACGUGCCUUUAUUGACAAAAUGUUACUGAAAGAUUAUCAUGGACGUCCAACGGCGGCUGAAGUGAAGCAUUAUGUGUUUACCACUACACAAUCCCCGCCAUACACAAUCCUUGCUGGAGGAGAAGUUUGCAGCAGGAUUGCUUCUCCUAUUGCUCCUCCUAGGCCUACUGCAUCUGGCGCAGCGCUCAAGGGAGGCUACACGUUAGAAAAGGUUCUUCAGCUAUGAGUACGAAGUAAACUAUGGAAGUCUGAGAUCAGAGCAGAUGAACUGGAAUCUGUAGAAAUCUGGAAGGAAUGUACAACAUGUAUGGAUACACAUCUGCAUGAUCCAAACUCAACCAAAAUUAAUGUUGUCUUUAGAAAAAAACAUAUACAAAUGAAGUCUGUAAUGAGCUUCGAUAAAAUCCCUGUAUAAUCACACUAAAACACAAGGAGCGUUGUUCACUGCUG